GAGUGGCCCAGCUCAAAUCAUCUGGAAAAAAUGAUUAUCGUGUCGUUUUGUGCGUAGCAAAGUGUCAACACUUUUGGUUUCUAGGGGGAGUCUGGGCUCCACAUUGCUUUUCCUUGUGUCUCCAAAAUCUCAUUGGCAAAUUUCAACCAGGUCUCCCCUGGCUGCCAAAUGGCUCUCUUUGGAGCAUGGACCUUUUUUCUCCUGGUCUCUUGCAUCACCUUUUUCCUCGUCCUACGCCGGAGGAGAAAACCCAAGGAUAGCAACCUGCCCCCGGGCCCUAUUCGCCUGCCUUGGCUGGGCAAUCUGCUCCAAGUGGAUAUUAUGAACCUCUUCACAUCUCUUUAUAGGCUCCAGGAACAGUACCGUCCCGUAUUCACUGUCUACAUGGGCCCCGAGCCAGUUGUGGUGCUGUGCGGUUACGGAGCCAUAAAGGAAGCCCUUGUGGAUAACGCAGAAGCAUUCGGAGGGAGGGCACGGUUGCUGGGCAUGGAUGACACCAUGCAGAAUUACGGCAUCGGUUCCUCAAAUGGGGAACGCUGGCGGGAGCUUCGGCACUUCUGCCAGUCUGCUCUGAGGAACUUUGGAGUAGGGAAAAGAUCCAUGGAGGAGCGGAUUCAGGAGGAGGCUGAGUUUUUGGUGGAAGCCCUGCGGAAAACAGAAGGACGCUCCUUCGACCCAACUUUGUGCCUCAGCCAUGCCGUCUCCAACAUCAUCUGCUCUAUAGUUUUUGGCCACCGCUUUGAAUACGAGGACAAAGAUUUCAUCACUUUACUUGGUCUGUUAAGCGAAUCUGUUCGGCUCAUGUUUUCUCCCUGGGCGCAGCUGAGGAAUUUUUUCCCGGGCCUGAUGCGAAUCUUGCCUGGGCCUCACCAGAAGCUGUCCAGAUACCUCACGGACUUUAAAAGGUUCAUCGUUGAGAGAGUCCAGCUGCACCGGCAGUCCCUCGAUCUGAACUGCCCUCGAGACUUCAUCGAUUGCUUCCUCAACAAAAUGGAGCAGGAGAAAAAUAAUCCAUCCUCAGAAUAUCAUGACAAGAAUCUGAUUGUCUGCAUUUUCGACUUGUUCUCUGCCGGCUCGGCCUCAGCCAGCACCACCCUCAAAUACGGACUCCUCCUUCUCCUCCGAUACCCAGAGAUAGAAGCCAAAAUCCACAAAGAGAUUGACCUGGUGAUCGGGAGGAACCGCCGGCCUUGCAUGGACGACCGGAAAAAGAUGCCUUAUACCGAUGCGGUCAUCCAUGAGAUCCACCGUUUUGCAGAUGUUUCUCCAAUUGGGAUUCCGCAUUUAGUGACGAGAGACACACAAUUCCGGGGUUACACCAUUCCCAAGGGCACCACUGUCUUCCCGUUCCUGACUACUGCCCUGCAGGACCCCUGCCACUUCGAGACCCCCAUGAAGUUCAAUCCUGCCCACUUCCUGGACGAAAAUGGAGACUUUAGGAAGGACGAGGCCUUCCUGCCAUUUUCAGCAGGGAAAAGGGUUUGCCCAGGUGAAAAUUUAGCCCGCAUGGAGCUUUUUUUAUUCCUCACAACGGUGUUGCAAAAUUUCAACCUGAGAACGCUCCAAGACCGAGAGGAAAUAGACAUUUCGCCGGAAGUACACAGCAGUGGGAAGCUUCCUCGACCUUAUCAGCUUUCUGUGGUCCCACGAUAACCCAACAAAGAAACACAGUGAUAUUUGGAGAAGGGUAACAGGUACAUUACUUCUGUCCUUACUUCUGCUACAUCAGAUCAUCUCCUGUCUCUAAAUUGAAGACAACACUGUAAAAAUUUGUACAGUUGUGUAACACAGGUCUGUGAAUCAUUUCUCAGAAAUGUAACUUUAAUAAAGAGUCUUAUCAGUA